UGCGACGACAGACACAAGCCACGUACUGACAUGGUCAAACAACGACCACAACAGUCAACAACAUCAGACGUGAUGUCCACAGGACCGGGAACGAGUCUCUAUUUGUGACAACAGAUCAUAGAUCAUAUAAACGACACGGAGGUUCUUAAGGGCAAAUGUCACAGGAGACAAGCCCUUAAGCCUGUACGCAUGGCUGAAGUUGUAGGGUAGCAGUCUGUGUAGUGCUGAAUUGUGAGAUUCAAUGGCAGCUACUCAGGGUCUGACUACUCCAGAUCUGAAUACCGAUCGCACUGAAGGUUGACUUUCAUUACAGAGUCAGCUAAUUCAACGGUCGACCUUUCUACACCAACGUUUCCUUGACUACCAGCCAACUUAAGAACCUUUGAACCUACAGUGUGCUUUGAACCGAGGCCCAAAAACAAGAGGAAAUCAGUUCACUGGUCACGGAUUUUUACGUACAGUCAAGUAUAAUGGCGGCGGGUAGACUGGCACUUUUCGUCGCCACAACGUUGGCAGUAUGGUCGGUGAGUCAGCAAACUCCGCCGGCGACAGGGCAGGUCAGUACCGGGGCGCGAGGCAAAAGUUGCCGGGUCUACAACCGAACCGUGGCCGACUGUAGCAGCAUGAGGCUACGGUCCGUUCUCGAUGCCGCCGUCAGCGAGCUGCCUCCGACGAUAAAAACUCUGUACCUUCUCAGUAACGGCAUCACCACCCUUCCAGACUGUGCGUUCUGUCACCUCACUCAGUUGGAGUUUGUCGACUUGAGUUUUUGCAACAUCACAAGCGUUAGCAAGACUGCGUUCGCCAAGCUCGUACACAUGAAGACCAUUCUGCUCAUAGGAAACAACCUGACAACCCUAGAAAAUGGGACAUUCGAAGAACUGCAAAACAUUACUGAAGUCAACUUGGCCGACAACAAGCUGACGGAGAUACCCUAUGGUGCGUUUCCUGUAAAAAAUUCACUGAGAAUUUUGGACCUCUCGGGCAACCACGUAAACUUACAGGACAAGGGUACCACCAACUGGGACCGUUUCAAGUCUCUUCGGCAUAUUUUACUCCGACUAAACGGAAUCAGUUCUUCUACCGGUUGGAUAUUUGCCCGCGAGGACCUCAACGUCUCGCUGCGGACGCUGGACCUCUCGUACAACAAAAUUUCCCGGCUGGAUUCAGCAGCAUUUAACGGCAUUAGGAGCCUUCAGCGUCUAGUGCUUUCGAGUAACGACAUUCUGACAGUAAAUACAAGCUCUUUCAGUAGCCUUGCACAAACAGGGCUGGAAACCUUGGUCCUCUUCAGAAAUAACCUAACAAGCGUAACAGACAACACGUUCACGUCUGUGCCUCUUUUAAAGCGUCUGGAUCUCGCUUACAACAACAUUUCGAGGAUCGAAGACAACGCUUUUGAAGGAUUGAGACAUCUGGAGGUGUUGUCCUUGUACUUGAACCCGCUGUGGAGCGCCCCAAUGGCGGCGUUGGAAAAAUUAAACUCGAGUCUUUUGGAACUUGAUCUGAGAUUCUGCUCCAUGCUGAACAUCCAAGCUGACCAGUUUCGACGCUUCGGCAAUCUCCUGAGUUUAAACAUCUCCGAUAAUUACAUCGGAGCGUUGGGAAGCGGGCACAGGCUGACAGGGACAGAGUUCCGCGGACUAGACAACCUCACGUCGUUGAACAUUGGCGGUGGACCGGGCUACAACAGGAUGAAAAUCAUAGAAAAAUCUUUCGUUUUCCUGCCGAAGCUCCAGAAACUGGUCAUGUCGGGACUUCUCGGUUUCAACGAGAACUUCGAAGGUUCGUUCGAAUACAAUCCCGAUCUGAGACUGAUUGACAUGGACCGAAUGAACAUACGCGUUCUUAACCCGUACCUCUUCCAAGAUCUGAGAAAAUUAGAGGAGUUAGUGCUUUCCAACAACAACUUGUACUUGAUGCUGAACUCUGACUCUGCCAGUAGUAGCAAAAAGUUUGCACGGUUCUUUGGUGACCUCACUAACUUACAGACUCUCCGACUGCAAGGGAAUCGCCUGGAAUCUCUCCAAAAAGAUAUAUUUCAAAAUCUGACCAAACUCCGGUAUCUGAACCUGGGACCUGGUCUAUACGGCGACCACAACAACCGGCUUUCGAACCUUCAGAGAGAACUCUUCAAAUCGCUGACCAGUCUGGAGACUUUGCGGAUUGACGGAAACCUUUUGACGUCCGUAGAGAAGUCAGUGUUUGAACCCGUGUCUAAAUCUCUGAAGGAACUCUACAUCUACAGAAACAACUUCGACUGUACGUGCGAGAAUUUGCGCUGGUUUCGGGAGUGGGUAAACAACACUAGGGCAGACGUCAUCGGGUUGGCAGAGGGAAGGCUGACUUGCGCGACCCCACGGAAGUAUGCAAAUGAGAGCAUCUUGUCCUUCCACCCUGAGGUCGACUGCGUGUCCCAGGUGGAGGUGAUCGCGUCCAUAACGACGUGCUCGGUGUUUCUGGUGGUGGCGGUGGCGACCAUCGUGUGCCGACAGUUCGGCCUGCACAAGUACGUGCAGUACGUCUGGGUGCUGGUCACCAGGCGCCGCAAGGAGGCGUACGAGAGACUGGAGGGGGAAGACCUGGAGGUGGAGUACGACGCCUACGUUUCUCACUCGGCGGAGGACGUGCGGUGGAUCCAGGACGUUCUCAUCCCGAACCUUGAACAGAAGUCUCCCCAGCUGAAGCUGUGUAUCCCGGACAGGGACACCAUGCCCGGCCCGAUCAUCGACAACGUCCAGGAUUACAUCCGCCGCAGCAGGAAGACGCUCUGCCUCGUCACUCAACAGUACCUGGACCAGGAGGCGAGUUGGCUGGAGAUGCAGGUGGCGUCCUACCGGCUGUUCGACAAGGACGACCGGCGAGACGUGGUCGUCAUGGUGUUCCUGGAGCCCAUCCCGAAAAACAAACUAACACAUUUCCAGAAGCUGCGGAAGCUGCUGCGGCCGGGGAUGUUCCUGCAGUGGCCCGGACCAGACGACACCGCGGGCCAUCCGCUCUUCUGGCUGCUCCUGCGGGACGCCCUGGGAACGAGCAACAAUCCCGUACCCAGGGACAGGCCACAGGUUAUAUGAGCAGAACAACUCCGUUCCUGGGAACAGGAUACAGAACAAAUGGACAGAACAACUCUGUCCCUGGGAACAGACUAUAGAACAUAAGGACAGAACAACACCGUCCCUAGGAACAGGAUACAGAACAAAUGGACAGAACAACUCUGUCCCUAGGAACAGACUACAGAACAUAUGGACAGAACAACUCCGUCCCUAGGAACAGACUACAGAACAUAUGGACAGAACAACUCUGUCCCUAGGAACAGACUACAGAACAUAUGGACAGAACAACUCUGUCCCUGGUAACAGACUACAGAACAACUCCGUCCCUAGAAACAGGAUGAAGAAAGACACCGUCCCCAUAGGAACAGGCUACAGAACAUAUGGACAGAACAACUCUGUCCAUGGUAACAGACUACAGAACAACUCUGUCCCUAGGAACAGUAUACAGAAUGGCACCGUCCCCACAGGAACGGGCUACAGAACAUAUGGACAGAACAACUCUGUCCCUGGUAACAGACUACAGAACAACUCCGUCCCUAGGAACAGGAUACAGAAUGGCACCGUCCCCAUAGGAACGGGCUACAGAACAUAUGGACAGAACAACUCUGUCCCUGGUAACAAACAUAAGGAUAGAACAACUCCGUCCUUUGGAACAGAGUACAGAACAUAUAAACAGAACUUCGUCCUUAGAUUAGAAACACAUGCAUGAACAGAACAACUCUCUCCCUAGAAACAGGUUACAGAACAUAUUAACAGAACAACUGUCCCUAGGAACAGAACAUAUUGAAUAGAACAAGUGUUGCAGUAAAGAGUGUGAAAAUAAAGGCUUGUAAAAUAUCUUACCGUCCGUGCCAAAGACAUGUAAAUAUUGUUACAGUAGCAGUUUGCCAGAACACUUCUUGUAAAAAAAAAGACAGACAUAUUGUGGUAUUUUCAUGGAGUUCAUCUAGACAUGUUGUAGACUGAUUCAGACUUCAGCCAUGUAAAAUCUUCAUUGUGACGACUAAAGUACAUGCAUGCCACACAUCAUCAGCAA